AUGCAUUUUUAUAAUGUCUUCCACGGAGACUUAACUACUUCCAAUAUUUUGUUAAAAGAAGAUGGCACUUUAAUCCUAAUUGAUUUUGGUCUAAGUCGGUUCAAUCCUAGUAAUGAAGAUAAGGCUGUUGACUUAUAUGUUUUAGAAAGAGCAUUCGUUAGUACACAUUCUUAUUAUGCAGACUUAUUUCCCGCCAUCAUAGAUGGUUAUACAGAAGCAAACAAAUCUGGUUAUCAAGCUGUCAUUAAUCAAUUUCAGAAUGUCAGAGCUCGUGGUCGUAAACGAUUAAUGGUUGGAUAG